AUGAAGACUUCAUAUCAUAAACUUGCACUUCAAUAUCAUCCUGAUAAACACACCACAUCAUCUGAAGAAAUUUGUGCUGAAGCUACGCGUAAAUUUCAAGCACUUGGUUUCGCAUAUGAAAUACUUUCUGAUCCUAAAAAACGUGAAAGAUAUGAUAAAACUGGUGAGACAGAUAAUAGUCUCGAAGGUCUGGAAGAUUUGGGAAAAGAAGGGUGGGAUGCUUAUUUUAAAGAAUUAUGGUCUGGUGUUGUAAAUGCAAAGUCAAUAGAAGAAUUUAAAAGAAAAUAUCAAGGAUCUGAAGAAGAACAUGAUGAUCUUAUUGAGGCUUAUAAAAAAUUCAAAGGUGAUAUGGACUUAAUCAUGAGUGAUGUGUUAUGCGCAACUAUAGAUGAUGAACCACGUUUUUGUAAUAUUAUUAAAGAAGCAGUAGCUUCCAAUGAAAUUAUACUAUAUGAAAAAUUUACUGAAUCAACCAACAAGACCGCAACAAAAAGACGUAAGAAGGAGGCUAACAAAGAAGCUAAAGAAGCAAAGAAAUACGCAAAAGAAUUAGGUUUAAAUCAAAAUUUAUUAGGUACUAAAGAAGGUGAGGAUGAACUUCAACAACUUAUAAUUAAAAAGUAUGAAAAACGAUCAAGUUCAUUUCUUGAUCAAUUAGAAGCUAAUGGUAGUAUGGAACCAGCAUUUUACAGGGGAGAUAUAUUAUUUUUAAGUAUGCCAAAUGAACCAGUGAAAGUUGGUGAUAUUGUGGUAUUUAAGAUUCCAGGGAGGGAAGUGCCAAUUGUUCAUAGAGUAAUAAAAUUACAUGAUGAAGUUCAAUCAGGUAAACAAUAUAUUUUAACUAAAGGGGAUAAUAAUCAAGUGGAUGAUAGAGGUUUAUAUAACAAAAAUCAGGUCUGGAUUCAUAAAGAACAUUUAGUUGGAAAAGUUAAUGGAUUUCUACCUUACGUUGGAAUAAUUACUAUAGCAAUGAAUGAUUAUCCUCAACUUAAAUAUUUUUUAAUUAUUGCUCUUGCUAUAUAUGUGUUAAUAAAUAGAGAAUGA